GGGCAAUAGAGACAAAGUUGACUUCGUUGCAGGUGCGGUCUAUUAUUUGAUGACAAACAUAUAGACUUUCUACCUACAUACAUAUGUACCUAGGUAGAUAACCUAUCUUUAUCAGGUACUUGACAUAUGUACCUUGAUUCCUUAACGUGUGGUUUGUUUAUAGAAUCGCCUCUCUCCUAAUUACCCCCACCCACUUUUCGCACGAGUUGCUAUUUGAUCGAUGCAAGCAACGCAAUAUAACAAAAGACGCCAAUAUGACUUCUAGAGGCGGAAACGCAGAUCGCACAAUCGUUAUGCAAGGCUCAGGGUCCGCGGCGGCGAGACCUUCCAUGGCGCCGCAGAGCUCUAGCUCCGGCGGCGUGGUUAAGACGCGGCAAUUGACGCAUCUCCAUUCGCAACUAGCGCAACUCUCGGCAAAUUUGGCGGAUACGGAGAAUCUCCUGCGCAUGACGAGCGUACAGGCGGAGGCUAUGAGAGGUCUGGGUAGUUGGCACGGUGGGCUGUUCAUGGCCGCGAGCAAGGUGCUAGGAGAAGAAUCAGUCAAGGAGCAACAGCCCGGAGGGAAUCAAAAAUAGUACAGUCAUCGUGUAUCAGUUUAGGCUGAUGGAUAGUCCGACGCCUUAUAGGUCUGCACUUCCUGGGUUUGCAUAUGCGAGUUACUUCUACAAGUAAUGGCUAUGUCGCCCUUCGUCGUACCUAGAGAUGGAACCUAGGGGCUUACAUAUAAAGGCUUUCCGUAGCUAGUCUUGGGGGUCUCGACGACACCCUAUCCACCUGGUAAGACUGGGUUUUCAACGACGCGAGUAUCAAGCUAAAUGCCCAGUUGAUGGGCAUGCUGUUGCAGGCUCAAAAACUUCGCCGAGCAACCCAGCCCCCAGAUACAUACUAGUUAUAUCAACUACCUUAGGUAUAAUUUAUGUACUUGAUAUUUAUGAACACUAAGAUUGCC